GGAACUCGGAUUCAAGCACUUUACACUCUGUCUGUGGAUCCAGAAUCAUAAACAUCAGCUCUGACCAUUAGCGAUGGCUUCAGAUGAGAAGCUGUGGGAGAGUCUGAAGGCUGAAAUAGAGAAAGAAACCUUUGAACUGAACUCAUCACUGAACUCUGAGAUUGAUGAACUAUAUGAAAAUGUAAGAACAAACUCAAUGUCACCAACCCUGCAAGAUAUUCAAGACUUAAAAGAAAAUUCAAAAUCACCCUCCUUGAAUGCUGAAGCAGAGGAAUUGCGCAUCAUGUUACUGGGGGCGAGGGGGUCUGGAAAAAGCUCAACUGGAAACACCAUCCUCAGGUGGAACGCCUUCAACACGGACAUGCAACUGAGCAGAGUCACCCAGUUCUGUGAAAGAGCAUCUGGAAACAUCAACGGCCAGCCCGUGGCCAUAAUCGACACGCCAGGACUGAAUAAGACCAAUCGAAUAGAGAAGGAGGUGAUCAGGGAGAUCAUGAAAUCUGUCUCUCUCUAUAAACCAGGACCACAUGUGUUUCUGCUGGUUCUGCCGGUGGGAAACUUAACCAAAGAGGACAAGAACAUCCAUAAGCUGAUCCAGAACAUGUUCGGAAAGAACGUUUGGAAUUACACAAUUGUUCUUUUCACACAUGGAGAUCGACUAGAAGGGAAAAUGCAGAAUGACUUGAUUGCCAGCUCAGACAAAGACCUUAGAGACUUUAUUCGCACCUGCAGUGGUGGAUUUGUGUUCUUUAAUAACAAGAACACAGGAAACUUUGAGCAAGUGACUAAACUUCUGGAGAAGAUUGAUACUUUGGUGGCCAUCAAUGGCAGAGGCUGCUACACAAAUUAGUUUUCCCUGAACUCAGAAAGAAAGAAACGUGAAAAACAAGAGAAGAUUCUGGAGGGGAGACAGGUGGGAAUUGCACGAAAGGAGAGAGAGCUGGAGGAGAAUUAUGAAGAUGAGGAGGAGUUAGAGAGGAAAAAUCGUGAGCUCUGGAGAGAAGAAGGAGGAAGAUGC